GGCACCAAUCACCCUCCCAUACUCAGAGGGGGCGUUCCCGUUUGUGUCAGCUUUCGGGUCAGUCAGCAGCGGUCUCCGUGUGCAGGCACUGCUGAACGGGGAUAGACGCUACUGCUCGGCCGGGCUGAUACCACCCGAGAUGUUCCUCCUCGAAAAGCCGAGCUUUUAAAACCGAUUUUUUAAGUAGGGGUUAGAAGUAAGGGUGGCGAGUCCAGCUCUCGGUGACCGGCUGCAAGAGACAGAUGAGUCUGCGGUGUCUCCGCUUGUAGUGAGCUCUGUCUUUGUUUGGCUGUGGUGUCUCUUCUUCAGCUCCGAUAUGGACCAUUUAGAGAAGGAGCACAGGUCCGACGACGAGGCUGAUUAUGAAGACGAGGAGGUGGACCCCAGAAUCCAGGGGGAGCUGGAGAAACUCAACCAGUCCACUGUCGACAUCAACAGAUGUGAGACGGAGCUUGAGGAUGCAAGACAGAAGUUCCGCUCUGUUCUGGUGGAGGCUACAGUGAAGCUGGAUGAACUGAUGAAGAAGAUCGGCAAGGCAAUAGAGGAGUCCAAACCUUAUUGGGAGGCUCGCAGACUGGCCCGACAGGCCCAGCUGGAGGCCCAGAAGGCCACCCAGGACUUUCAGAGAGCCACUGAGGUUCUGCGGGCAGCAAAGGAAACCAUCUCCCUGGCCGAGCAGAGGCUCCUGGAGGAGGACAACCGGCAGUUUGACUCGGCCUGGCAGGAGAUGCUGAACCAUGCCACCCAGCGGGUUAUGGAGGCAGAGCACACAAAGACGAAAAGUGAGCUGGUGCAUAAAGAGACGGCAGCAAAAUAUACAGCAGCGACUGGACGCAUGAAGCAGCUGGAGAAAAAACUCAAACGCACCAUCAACAAGUCAAAGCCCUACUUUGAGAUGAAGGCGAAGUACUAUCUGCAGCUGGAGAACCUGAAGAAGACUGUGGAUGAGAGGCAGAUCAAGCUGUUUCAGGCAAAGGGCGAAUACAAGACAGCUCUCAAGAACCUGGAGAUGAUUUCCGAUGAGAUCCAUGAGCGACGGCGUAGCUCUGCCAUGGGCCCCCGGGGACGCGGCGUUGGCGCUGAGGGGAGCAGCAUUUCUGGGGACGACAUCUCCAACUUUAAGAUGGACUCGGACGGAGUGUCCAUGGCAUCAGUGUGUUUUGAUGACGACCCGUGCGGGGGAGGCGGCAUCAUGUCUGAAGAAGACUCCGAGACUCAUUCCACCUGCAGCCUGGGUUCGUCUCCCAGCAGCCCGCAAGAGGAGCUGUCGCCCUGCCCCUUCGCCAGCUCCUCCUCGUCUUCCUCCUACAUGUCCUCCUCCUCUGCCUCCCCGUCCCCCACUCCAUCCACCUCCUCCUCCGCGUCCUCCCCGGCUCCUCUGUCCAGGCCCUGCAGUCUUGACCUUCCCAGCACCGUGUCGCUGUCUGACUUCGGCCUCAUCUCGCCGGUGCUCGGGCCUCGCAGCGAGUGCAGCGGCGCUUCAUCACCUGAAUGUGAUAUAGAGAGAGGUGACCGGGCUGAAGGUUCAGAGGGAAAUCUAGACAAUGCUCCAACCAGCAAUGGCAACAACAACAUCAGCUUGACAUCCAGCACCAAGAAGAGCUUCAGCCUGGAAGCACGCUUCAGCUUUCUGAACCUGCGACGCCCACGAGCCAACAACACCAAAAACACAGACAGCCUUUCCCAGAAGCCCGAGCCCGAGCAAACUGUGGUCCUGGUCAAAGGAGUGUGAAGAACAAAAAGAGAACGUGUUGAAAGGACUUUGACUCGCCCUUGACUCAUUUUGAACCAAAUUGGUGUGAGCUGUCUGUAAGCUAGCUGCCACUGCUGCACUCCAUUGCCAGUCUUUGUGGUCAAAGAGAGACUUUGAAUGUCAUAGUUAGUGUAUAUUAGCUUUGUAAAUAUACAUCUGUGAUUUCCCUUUCUGAAGGACACGGCACCUUUUGAACUCCUCUAUUACAUAUCAAGAGCACUGUUAUGUUGGCAAUGUUUUUGUUAAGGGUGGUGAAAGCUAUAAAAUUGUUAUAUAUUCUUUCUUUUUUUUCACUAAAAGCUGAAAAUGCGUCUGUCACAAAAGCAAAUGUACACUAACUGCGUGCAUCUGAAACCUGCUCUAUUAAACAACUCGUAAAAGUGAACUUGUUACUGUUAAUGACAUGCUGUAUACUAUGCAGAGAAGAAAUUCUGCUUGGCACAACAGUGAAAACAAGUGUGGAAAUGCUAAAGCUAAAUAAAUAACUAGUCUGACCUGUGCUCCUGUAUUUGUUUAGAACUAUGUUGUAAUUUCGAGAUUGUGUAUGUGACGUGUCUGAGUUUAGAUUCGACUGUUUUAAAAUUGUUUAUUUUCCACAUAAACUGCAAAUAUAAUUAAAUUUGAAACCAAAGCAUGGUGGCAAAACCAAA